AUGGAUAAACAUCAUUUAAAUUUUAUUUUUAUCAAAAUAUUCCUUAUUUUAAUAUUAUCAAAUCCCAUCUUCUGUCCCUUACCUCCAUCACGUCCUCUAGUAAGGACCGUCAUCCAAAUAAAGAUAAACCUCCCAGAAUUGCCUUUCAAUUCCGAAAUGAAUUUAAAAACAAGUAAAAACUUCAAAGAGGCAGCUAGAGAUAUAAAUGAAGCUUUUGAACAGUUUUGGCAAAAUGAGCCCUCCUAUAGGAAAUCAAACGUCUCCAGACUUCAACAUGACCAAGUCCUUGGAACGUUGGCAACGAUUUAUUUAAAUUUUGAUUUGCCGUUGGAUUCCUCGACUGCGGUUCUUCACCGAUUGAAAUGGGAGUUGUUCAGGGCUCUGAAGGAUGGAAGACUUGGGAGGCUCCACGCCUCAGGGGAUGGAUUUGAAUUUACGGCUAUUGAAGGUGCAGAGAAUGUGUUUAGUAUUUUUUUGGCACUUUUUUUUAGCAUUGCCCCUACGGUUUAG